GGAGAAAUCGCGCUUCCGGCGUCGCCAUCCGCGCAGAUUCCGAGAUUGACACGCAGUGCGCGCGGACGCAUCACGCUCCUCUCUCAGCAUGGAAAACUCACCGUAGCCUGGCGUUGACUCCACAUCCAGACAAACUGCACGUUUAACGCUGGAAGCUGCGCGUCGGGCUAUGGAUUCCUCCACCAACAGUCUGGAUGAUGUGUCAGCAGACGGCAGCACUGAUUUCCCCGACCGCAGUUCCUCCGUGGAGGUGCGUCUGCAGGCGCAGGAGGAUGAGAUCACGCUGCUGAAGUCGUCGCUGGCUGAUGCUCUGCGGAGAAUCCGGAUGCAUGAUCAGCUGCUGCCAUUGCUGAAGCAGCAGCUGAUAGCAGUGAACCCCAGUGCUGCCCGGGUACUGAACCAUGUGUGUCACUCAGACGGUUUCACCAGCGGCAGAAAACUCUCAUCAAGUUCAGCCAACGAUGGAAUUUACCACGCUGCCACGGCCGCCAGCCAACAGUCAGAGAGCAUUGUGAGCAAUGCUAACGGCCACAUAGGAAGCAGAGUAUCUGCAGAGCAGCAAGGCAGACUGCCAUCACUGGACAAGGCAACUCAGACUGAGCCCACCAUGUCCACUCUAUCGAGACGUGACCAGAGCCUCCAUCUUGAAGACGGCCUUCCUCCAAGGGAGCUCGACGGGACACGAGGCAAACUCCACCGGGUCCCUGGCAUGGAGGACGAGGAAGAGGAGGACCAGGUGGAUGAAGAAGUCGGCGGGGACCAAGAAAAAGAAACGAGUUGGUCUUCGUCAGUGGAGGAGCCUAUUCAACCAACAACAGUGAGAUCCCUUCAGAGGGAAGAAUGCCUGGAUCGAAGCUGCUCUCCGGACGAUCCGGGUUCUGCCCCGGCCUCCCUCGGCUCAGACCAAAACCUGCGAUCUGGACCCCUGUCUCCCAUCCAAGAAGCAGAAAGGACGCUGGUUCGUAGAAACAGCGAGAAGCUGCCGAACCCAGAGAGGCAAAGGAAGCGUCUGGACAAGAAGGCAGCGUCUUCUGCCAACCUGCUGACCCGCUCUCCCAGCCUGGAGAGCCGGGCGAAGGAGCUGAUAGCCAGUGCAGGUUCACCCGGCUCAAGAAGAGGAACGUACAGCCAAGAACAGUCAAUUAAAAUGUUCAUCCGUGGCCGACCCAUCACCAUGUACGUCCCAUCCAACAUCCAGAACUAUGACAACCUGAAGAUGGAGCUGCCUUCAGAGAGCCUGGAGCUGGACUGGGUCUAUGGUUACCGGGGACGGGACUGCCGUGCUAACUUAUUCUUCCUUCCAUCGGGUGAAGCGGUUUACUUCAUUGCUUGUGUCAUUGUGCUCUAUCACAUCAAGAACCGCACGCAGCGCCACUACCGCAAGCACACCGACUCUGUCCGAUGUCUUGCUGUUCAUCCUGACAAUGUUCGAGUGGCAUCUGGACAGACAGCCGGCGUGGAUAAAGAUGGAAAGCCAAUGCAGGCAUGUGUUCAUAUUUGGGACUCUACUACCCUGGUCACCCUGCAGCAAAUAGGGCUUGGAACCUUCCAGAGGGGAGUGGGAAUGGGAUCACUGGCAUUCUCCAUUGCUGACUCUGGAACCUUCCUUUCUGUGAUUGAUGACUCUAAUGAACAUAUACUGUCUGUGUGGGAUUGCACCAAGGGGACCAAGCACGCAGAGAUUAAGACGACCAAUGAGGCUGUGUUUGCUGUGGACUUCAACCCCAGUGACAGUAACGUCAUCAUCACCUGUGGGAAAUCCCACGUCUACUUCUGGACACUCAGUGCAGGGCAGUUCACCAAGAAACAAGGCAUCUUCGGAAAAUACAAGAAGCCCAAGUUCAUCCACUGCUUUGUGUUCAGCCUAACUGGAGAUGUUCUGACCGGAGACUCUGAAGGCAACAUCCUGCCAUGGGCGAAGUCUGCUGCAGAUACCAAAACACUUGGUAAAGGGGCCAAAGAAACCUAUCAGAUUGUGCGACCAAUCAAAGCACACGAAGGCAGUGUGUUUACCCUGUGCACCCUGAAGUGUGGAGCUCUGCUCAGUGGAGGGGGAAAGGACCGCAAGAUCAUCCGCUGGAGCGCCGACCUGGCUCCAGAGAGAGAGUGUGAGAUUCCAGAAAAAUUUGGGGCUGUCCGCACCGUUGCAGUUGUGGAUGAUGAGGGACUUUUGGUUGGUACAACCCGAAAUGCAAUCCUCAGAGGAUCUUUCUCUGAUGGGUUUGUUGCCAUAGUUCAGGGUCAUUUAGAUGAGAUGUGGGGUCUCGCUACUCAUCCCUCUCAGAACAUUUUCCUCACCUGUAGCCAUGACAGGCAGGUGUGUUUGUGGAACACAGAGGAACACAACCUGGACUGGUGUAUCACCCUCGAGGAGUAUGGGUUGUGUGCUGAUUUCUGCCCCAGUGGAUCGGUUGUGUCUGUUGGCCUCAGCACAGGAAGGUGGGUGGUCCUCGACUUGGUGACCAAGGAGGUGAUUUCUGAAUCCAUAGAUGGGAAUGAACAGCUGUCAGUCAUGAGAUAUUCACCAGACGGACGCUUUUUAGCUGUCGGCUCUCACGACAACUUUAUCUACAUCUACAGCGUGACAGAAAGUGGCCGCCGCUACAAUCGCUUCGGAAGGUGUAAUGGACACUCCAGCUUCAUAACUCACCUUGACUGGUCCAAAGACGGCUGUUACAUUGUGUCAAAUUCAGGCGACUAUGAGAUACUCUACUGGGACAUUGCAGGAGGAUGCAAGCUGUUGAGGAACCGCUUUGAGAGCAAAGACAGAGAAUGGGCCUCUUUCACUUGUGUGCUGGGUUUCCAUGUCAUAGGUGUGUGGUUGGAGGGCUCAGACGGAACAGACAUCAACGCCCUGUGUCGCUCCCACAAUGAGAGGGUGGUGGCCGUGGCCGAUGACUUCUGCAAGGUCCACCUCUUCCAGUACCCCUGCCCUAAGCCUAAGGCACCAAGUCACAAGUACGAGGGCCACGGGAGUCACGUAACCAACGUCUGCUUCACCCACAAUGACUCCCACCUUCUCUCCAUUGGCGGGAAGGAUACCUGCAUCCUGCAGUGGAAGAUGACUGGAGGUGGGGUGGGAGAAAGCAGGGAGACACUGGCCUCUGCCUCCUCCACCUCCACCAGCUCUCCGGAGCCUCCAGCCAGCUAGACGGAGCUGCUGGUGCUGCCAGUGAAGGGAGGGAAGCUGUCUGCUCACAGCCACUGAGGCUAAUCAGUGAUCAGUUUCAUUUAGCCUCUGCUGCACCACUGCCGUCAGUCUCAUGAGCACAGAGGGAUUCUCUUCAGGGGACAAUGUCCAUUUUAACCCCCCACCAUAACUUUGUAAAUCCAUCUGAAACUGAUACAUGUGACAGAAUCUUUUGCAUUCUGAUGUGUAAGUGGUGAGGAAAGUUAGCAUGUGUGUUGAGUGGUGCAUAAUGUGACUGUUAUUACCUUAUAGUUUCUGUGAACAUGCCUGUUUAAGUCGUGUUGAGUUUUGUGUUGCAUUAUAACAUGCAGUAUGCCACAGUGCCUAUAGAAAUGCUCUUCUAUAUUUUUGUACUUUAAACAGAAGUGACCAGUGUUGGCUGUUUCUGUGCAUUUACGAAACAAGAUGGAGAACAACUCCUGUCAACGCGAACCCUGCUUAUCUUACUAAUUCAUUCAUUUCUGUGACCUUAGAUCAGUUUACUUGAAAAUUAUUAUUUGUGGUAAAUGUUUCUCUUUUUUGUAUUGAUUAUUAAUACAAACAAUAAAAACUGAAAGUUG